AUGAAAUGGUUCUGCAUUCUCAUCCUGCCGUCGCUGCUUCUACCCAAGGUUCUGGGAUCCUGCAGCUCGCUCCUGCUGACUCAAGAUGCAUGCCCGCUGGAGGCGAACCCUCUCUCGAAGUUUGAAGCAGCUGUCGAGCGUCAAGUAGCAGGACAGCAAGUUGCCAUCCGAACGAUCAGCAAGGCCUUCGCGCACAACAUGAGAGAUUACGAGAAAUGGAAGGGGUCGAAGUUCUCAUUCCAGAGUGUCAGCAGUCUCUUGUCUGGACUACCGCACAGCAUACAGCAUGUUCUGGUGGAGAAGGAGGUGUUAAGAAACCGCACGUUUGCGCAGUUCUUCCAUUUCUCUGGACCUACGGGGGUCGGCAAGUCGCUGGUCGCAAGGAUCCUAUCAAGGUGUUUGUUUGCAGCGACAAAGGGAGAGGAAGGGAGGACAAAGGGAGAGGAAGGGAGCGUCUGCGGGGUUCUUGAGAUCAACAUGCGGUCGCUGUCAGGCUUGAAGCCAUGGCAGAUGAGUGGGGCGAUGGCCAACAUCACGGGGAGGAUACGAAGCCAGCUCCACACUUGCCCUCGAUCAGCUGUGAUCCUCGAUGAGAUCCAGAGCAUCUCCUACCAGCAGCUGGACUCCAUGCUGGGCCAGGUCGACUUGCAUCCUCCCGGCAUCUUCAUCCUGGUUUCUGACCUGGGUGCUCGCAAGCUCAACGCUUCUAUGAGCCGAGACGAGGCCACGUCGGUCAUCCGCGAAGCAGCGCUGGUGUCCACCUAUGGGACGUCGCCCAUGCUGCACAGGAUCAUCCUGCAUAACAUGGUUCCCUUCCUUCCGCUGGACGAGGACGAGCUGCGGCGAGUCGCCGACAUAGAAUUGCAGAAGCUGGAAGCGAACUUCAUACGGGAGUACGACAUGUGGAAGGGAAAGUUGACGUGGGGGCGAGCAGUCUCAGCGCACAUUGCGAGAGAGUGUAUCUUGAACGAGGUCUACCUCGACGACGGUGGCAGGGGGGUGGAGACUUUUGUGCAUCACGAGCUUGCCUUCAUGGUGGAGGUGAAGCUCAGUGAGUUGCUAGAGUCUCCCGCCAGGUGCUACAACAAUGUGGACGUGCGGGUGGAGCACGGGGCAAUCAGAGUGGAGGUCGACUCUGUGUACGAUAAGGGUGACUUCGACGAGAGUUAG